GACCGGCGGGCACCCGCGGCCGCGCUCAUCGCGGGCAUGGCCGCGGACGUGGUGGGGACGCAGGAGGGCCUGUCGCAUCAGCUGCGGGAGCUCCAGGGUGCGCUGGCGGCUCGCGGUGCGACCUACGGAUGCCGGGCGGCGCGCCGCGAGGGGGCAGGAUACGUGGGCGUGGCGCGGGAUCUCCUCUGUAGGUGGAUUCCCGCGGGCGAGCACUGCGCCAUCUUCUACAACCAGAGCUCCGUGGAGUGCCUGGGCCACGGGACGUUUGCGCUCUCCUCCACGCCGGAAAGGCUCGGCUCGAAGUCCUGGGGCACGGCCUGCCCUCGCAUCGCAACGUAUGCGUGGUUUAGGGUCCGUGAGGCGGGGGCCGGCGGCGCUGCAGGCCCCGCGGGGGCGUGCAUCUUGCACCUGAACACCCACCUUGAUCAUAGAUCGCAGGAAGCUCGCGCACUGGCCUCCCGCCUGAUCGUCUCCCGCGUGGCGGAGCUGGAGGCGCAGGGGCCGCCCGAGGGGUGCGGCGAGCUCGCGGGCAGCAUCUUCCGCACGGCCGGGUUCCGCGACGCGUGCGCCGAGUCCAGCAACGACGACCUCGUGCCGCUGUGCACCUUCCAUGCCUGGCAGCCAGAG